GAUUUCUAAUUGAACUUGGACGCUCCGCUCACAACUUUGGAAAAGCUACCAGACCAGAGAGUUUGAUACACCAACUGCGGCUCACUUGGGACCUGAAGGGACUGCGCAUGCGUAUCUUCAUCCUGGUUAUUGAUUCUGGAUAUUGAAUAUUGAACGGUUGCACAACGCUUGGCACAAUUUUCUCACGAUUGAUAUAUGCCCUGAAUUUUUCUGUCUGUGAUUUUCUUCUUUAUAGGUCGACGACGUUGACAUUCUCUCACCGCCCACUCUUUACCUACACUGUCACUCCUUUGAAUCAUCACAGCCUUGCUAACUUGAUAAAAAUUUUACCAGGUUUUACCUCCAAUCCUACAUUCCUAUUCAACACAAUGGUUUCCUCGUUCUCUCUCGCCCUUCUCCUUGUUUCUGCAGCCUCUACUCUCCUUGUUCGCGCUGAUGUCGUUCCCGAUACCCCUGCAACUGGAACGGCAGGUUCAACGUGCUCUAUAACUUGGACAGGCGAUUCUAGCUCGAGCUCCAACUGGUCAGAUAUGGCCAUCGAAUUCAUGACCGGAGACAACUUCGACAUGGUCUUCCUUACCACUGUCGCUACCGGUUUGGAUGGGACGAAGUCUGGUUCUUACAGCUGGACUUGCCCCGAGGUUAACCCCUACUCUGCCAUUUACUUCUACCAGUUUAUUUCGCCAGUCGAAAGUGGAAACCCUGUCUGGACUACUCGCUUUGCCAUCGCGUCUUCAUCAGGAGAAACUACGACACCACCUAAUAGCACUCAACCUGAUGGUGAAGCCAUUCCUUGGGGUACUGGUGCGCUCGUUGACGCAUCCAGUGUGAGCGCUGUACCGUCCUUCGCGAGCGGCGUGACUUCUGGUAGCGUUCCCGCUACUUCGGCCACCGCCUCAGCUUCAGUUUCGUCCUCGUCGUCAAUUGCCGCUGCCUCGUCCGUUUCCACUAGUGCCACUAGUGCCGCGAGUGCUAGUAAAAGCGCUAGUAAAAGCGCUGGUGUUGUUACUGUUUCUGGCAACACUUCUGGGGCUGCAGGUGCUAAAACUACUGCUACUUCUGUUUCUACUACCGGGGCGGACGAAGCUGCGUCAACCCCGAGCUCCGCAAAUGCUGGACUUGUCCUUGCUGUUGAUGCACGGGUAUGGACAGCUACUUUCGGCGUCAUAAGCUCUGCGGUGGCUGUUGCCCUGUUCUUGUGACAGGUCACAGAACGUUCAGCGUCAGCGCUCAGGUCAUUGGUAUUCAUCUUGUGCUUGGCGAGAUGUCAAAUUUCAAUGGACGCUGAGCGCUUCCUACCGCAAUGUUCCACCUUGUAGAUGGAGAGUAAACAUUUUUAAUGGCGAAUCAUGUUAACGAAGCUUCCAUGUGUUCAUAGCGCGUUAAUCUGUCCCCAUUGGCGCGCAUUUCUUCUGUUCGUGUUCGAUUUUUUAUUUCGGGGUUCUUGUGCCGCCUACAUGCUAUAAUACCACCUGUUGCUUCCCAUCAAUAUACACACCGCAUGGAUCAUCAUCUACAUUUCAUCCAACUUGAAAUCAUACACUGCACAGAGUUAGGAUAACGCAAUAUU